AUGGGCCUGUCCGCUGUGGAGGUCUAUUCGGCGUUCGAGAACAUUGCCUUGAAGAGCACUCCCUUGAUCUCCCAAAUAUCCACGCCGUCAGCCGACCCGGCCCUCGCCAUCGAUGGUCACUUCGACACGUACUGGUACACUACGGUGUCGGCAUCCUCCAACCCGACCUAUACUCUAGACCUUGGCUCUUGUGUGUACAUAUCCCAGGUUACGCUAUGGUUCGGGGCACAGGCCUACACCUCUACAGAGUUCACUAUACAAGGCAGUCCUGAUUGCACAGACUACUCGGACCCUGGGCAGACCUAUGGACCUGGCAAUACCAACCAGGCACCGACUUUUCCCUCAGCGGCCGGGGUCUACUUAUCGGUCUCUCUAGGGUGUAUACAAUGCGUUAGAGUAACCUUUCAAGCUGGACCACCAGACGGCUUGGUCAGGAUUGCGGAGCUCGAAGUGAAACUGGCUGAUGCUGCCUUCCUAGCAUCCUACGACAGUUCCCUCAUCGGCGCUGAAUACGCCCUUGAUGGUGUGGCGGCCACAACGGCGACGACACUGGAUGCUGAUGGUGUGCAUUAUCUACAGGUCACUCUCGGCAGUCUUCAGACAAUCUGGGGC